CUCCUACCAGUAGUCGCAGUCUUGUUUAUUCCGUCGCUGAGAACAGUUGAGCCACCCGCUUGACAACCACCACGCGCUGGUGAAUUGAUAUCCCGUCGUACAUAGUAACGGCAACGCCUACCGAGACGUUCGGCAUAAAUUGCUUCCAAUUUCGCCGUGUUAGCCAAUUUAGAAACUGCGUGUCGCGUGAUUUAAUUUGAACAAAUCGUCGUCAAAUCAAUCAGCAUAGUGCAUAAAUUCUGGUCGAAUUCAAAAAGCUGUGAUAAUGAUGUUAACGAAGCAGUUGCUUAGCAGAAGCUCAGUUUCUGCAUCAGGUACCCUCAACUCAAUUCUCGUAGUUCGUCAUUCCAGCAGCGCCGCCAAUGCCCAUUUCCGCCAGAUCGUUCAAACGCAGCUGGACGAAAUUGACAAAGCUGGAACUUACAAACGGGAACGUAUCAUCGUUUCACCUCAGGCCACUUCCAUCCACGUUGAGGGCUCCCAGGGCCAAAUUCUAAACUUCUGCGCCAACAACUAUCUCGGUUUAGCUUCGAACCCGGACGUCGUCGAUUUCGGCAAAAAAGCGCUGGACGAGUACGGUGCCGGUUUGAGCUCGGUGCGAUUCAUCUGCGGAACACAGAACAUACACAAGCAGCUGGAGAAAAAACUAUCGGAGUUCCAUCAAAGAGAGGACACCAUUUUGUACGCGUCCUGCUUCGAUGCCAACGCAGGGAUAUUCGAGGCCGUGCUGACGCCAGAGGAUGCCGUCUUUUCGGAUGAACUGAACCACGCCUCAAUCAUCGAUGGAAUUCGACUGUGCAAGGCCAAGAAGGCCCGAUACUUGCACAGGGAUAUGGCCGAUUUGGAGGAGAAACUGAAAUCAAGUGAUGCCCGUGUCAAAAUGAUUGUAACGGAUGGUGUAUUUUCGAUGGAUGGUAACGUGGCGCCGCUCCCGGAGAUCUUCACGCUGGCAGAGAAAUACAACGCAUUGACCUUUGUGGAUGAUUGCCACGCGACCGGAUUUUUUGGAGCGACUGGAAGAGGAACGGAAGAAUUCUACGGGAUGCUGGGACGGUGCGAUAUCAUAAACUCCACUUUGGGCAAAGCUUUAGGAGGAGCCGCGGGAGGAUAUACCACUGGACCGAAAGAGUUGAUAGAUCUUCUGCGUCAAAGGUCUCGCCCUUAUUUGUUCUCGAACUCUCUGCCACCGCCGGUGGUGGCCAGUGCUAUGAAGGUAAUCCAGAUGUUGAUGGAAUCCAGCAAACUGACGGCCCGAGUGCAGAGCAACACAAAACGCUUCCGCGAUGCUAUGACCAAAGCAGGGUUUACCAUUUCCGGUAUGGAUCAUCCCAUUAGUCCGGUGAUGCUGGGGGAUGCCCGACUGGCUUCAGUAUUUGCCGAUGAAAUGUUGAAACGCGGAAUCUACGUGAUUGGGUUUAGCUAUCCGGUGGUACCGAAGGGUAAGGCCCGCAUCCGCGUACAACUUUCAGCGGCCCACACGGAUGAAGAAAUCGAUCGUGCGGUGGCUGCUUUCAUUGAAGUGGGGAAACAGCUCGCAGUUGUUUCAUGAAACACAACGAAUUUAUAAUAAACAAAUAAAAUUUCUCUAACAAAUGGG